CCGAAAACUUUGAGAUGCACUCCGACUGGACAUCCCACUCCAAACAUUACUUGGACUAAGUUGGGGAUAACUCAUGAUUCUGAUGGAAUCUCUCUUACGAUCACGCCUGAAGAAAGUGACAGGCACAGUUAUGAAUGCAAGGCUGACAACGGAAUUGGGAUUCCUGCUACGAGGACAUUUGUUGUCGUUGUGGAAAAUAAAGUGUCGAAUAUUCUGAAUUACACGAUGACUUACAAAGACCAAGUAUUCACCAAAGAAUUGUAUGACAACGAGAGUGGGGAAUUUCAGAAGAUAGCAUUAGACACUCAAAAGGUCAAGAAAGCCUUUCCUCAGUGCUCAACCCCUAAAGUUGAAGUAGUAAGAUUUGGCGCAGUCGCAUAUUUCCGUCUUAUAUUCGAUCAACCUAUGGGAGAGGAGACUUCAACGUCAUACCUUCAACAAGCUGCAAAAGCGGGUGUAUUAGGUGACGUGGACGCUGAUUCAAUUGCAGCUCUUCAGUUCUUUCCAGCGAAGAAGGAGUGUGAUCCUCUCCACGUGGAUGAUGAUAUCUGCAAUGAAAUUCCUAACGAAAGCCGGUGUUCUUGUAAUGAUGUCAUUUUCAAAGCCAUAAUCGGGUCACUUGUGUUCAUAAUCAUUGUUUUGUGUCUUUGCAUCAUUUGGCUAUACAGGAAAGGCAUCACAGUAGACCAAAGGAAACUUGCACACGAGAGCAGUGUUUAUGACAAUGAAAUGGCAUUGAACGAUCUCGAGCCCAGUAUCACUACUAAAAGUACAUUUACUCAGACUGGUGCAGAAUACAUGGAUCUUAAGGAAAUACCCACAGAUAAAAGGAAAACACAAACUGCUGAUCAAGCUACAGAUUACACAGCUCUCCAGCCGUCAACUCGCUUCUGGGAAGUGGAAAGGGAUCACGUGACGAUCGAAAAAAUAAUUGGUAAAGGCGCUUUUGGUCAGGUCGCUAAGGGAACGGCAGUAGAACUUCGGGGGAGACCUGGAACAACUACAGUGGCCAUCAAAAUGCUAAAAUCAAACGCUGCUGAAUCAGAUAAGAGAGAUUUGAUGAAAGAACUUGCCACAAUGAAGCAGCUAAAGCCACAUCCUUACGUCAUUAAACUUCUAGGAUGUGUUACCGAGUCUGAACCACUGCUGGUUUUGAUCGAAUAUGUUCCUUUUGGAGAUCUUCUCGGCUACCUGAGAAAGAGCCGUGGAUUAAAUGACACUUACUACAAAGACCCGGAUAUCAAACCACAAACAAAUCUGACGUCACAGCAGCUGAUGAAGUUUGCUUGGCAAAUAGCAGAUGGCAUGAGUUACUUGUCUUCAAAAUCUAUAAUUCACCGAGACCUUGCAGCCCGUAAUGUUUUAGUUGGAGAGAGGGAAACGUGUAAAGUGACAGACUUUGGGAUGGCCAGAGAUGUCGAGCAGGAAAAUGUCUAUGAAAGGAAGACAAAGGGUCGUCUUCCAGUAAAGUGGACAGCUUAUGAGGCGUUGUUGUAUGGCAGAUAUACUACUAAAAGUGAUGUAUGGAGUUAUGGAGUUGUGCUUUACGAGAUUUUUACCAUAGGUGGUUCACCUUACCCAAGAAUGGAUGGAAGAAAAAUUGCAAACGUACUUCAGAAGGGAUACAGGAUGCCCAAACCACAACACGUGGAUGAAAAAUUUUUUCGAAAUACCAGGUAUCAGAUCAUGAUGAAAUGCUGGAAAAAUGACCCGGAUGUAAGACCAACAUUCACCGAAUUAGAAAAUAAUUUGAAAGACAUGGAAACCAUGCAUAAGAGACUGAUUAAUAUGAAAACGUACGACAAGCAGCUGUAUGCAAACGUCGAGGAUUUGAUAGUGUAGUUAACUAGAUACACUUUAUCCACAGUGCGUAAUUGCCUUAGUGUUUGAAUGCUUUGCCACAGCAAGUUUCAGGAAGUAAUCACCUUUUAGGGAAAGUUAUAAUGAACAAAACUGGUCGAGAAUUGUUUUUCUGGCGGAAAAAUAAUUGUGUGUCGAGAAAUACGGUCCGCCAUUUUAGUUUUCACGAUAUGAUCACGUUUUGGUACUUAAACGCCCGCUGACCAGCAUACGCGCAUCUAAAUUCUCGAUUAACGUAAAAUCUUGACUGACCAAAACAAUUCUCGAUCGACGAAAAAUUCUCAACUUGCAGAAAUAUUGCUCGACUGAUGAAUAAGUUUUAUUUCUCGAUCAUUUAGAGUAUUUCUGGACUACCACAAAUACUUCUCGUAAGAGAGAAUUAUUUCUCGACCGAUGAAAAACUUUUCUCGAUCGUCAAAAAUAUUUCUGGACCAUCGGAGAUAAAAAUUUCGAAAAACAAUAUUAUUUGUCAGCCAACAAAAUAGUUCUCCACUACGUUUGUCUUCAAUCUUUGUUUAAAGCGCUUUACUUGCAUUGAUAGAGUAAGCCAAGUGAUAUUAGGCUGUUAGGCUGAAACGUUUUAAGUUAACUGAUCUUAGCUUUGUUAAGGGGCGAAAGUUUUGUUUUCCCGUAAAACUAUAUUCUUAUUUUUUUUUGUUAAUAAUUUUUACAAUGCUUAAUUAAAUGUACUACAUGUAUGGUCGACAAGUUAAAUUCUGAAAGGUAGGACGGCGUACUGACGUUAGAUGGCGCAUUUUGAUAUCUUUUUAUUGUGACGGGACCUCUAAGAAAAAGUCUCGUUUUCCAGAUGGAUGGGAUCCCACUCUGUAUGCCAUUGUUGUGUAGAGAUUAAGAAAAUUGCUGAAAACAGUCAUACCGUGAAACCAGGUUGUUUGCUAGAAAAUCUUCAUGCACAUGUCUUGAUUUCUGCUAAACUGCAUUGCCUCGCGUGGCAAAUUCAUUUUCUUUUACACUAAAAGGUAUAUUUCAUUAGACAACUUGAUCCGUUUCUUUUUUAUGAAAAGUAUGUGGUUUGGCCGAAAGUCCGAUAAUUUUGUGCUUGGCAGAGCCUACAACUCAGCCAAACUUGUCUUAGAUACG